GUACCGUAUGCAGUAUAAAUUCAAAAACAUUUAGGAAGAGAAAAUGGUUGCAGGUAGUUUCAUAAAGCAAUCUCCCGGAGUUUGUUAGCUUUCUCGCCACCACCAGCACAUUUUCAGAGAUAUUCUGUUACAUUAAUUUUAAUAUAUUACGUCAGAAAAUUUAAAAUGGAGUACACACACAUACUUGUUAUUUUUGUUGUCAUUGUCAAAACGAUUGCAAGUCCAGUGGGCCAAGAUGCAUCGACGUCCUCCGGGUGCCCAGCUGUUAAUCAAACAUGUAACACCAUGAUUAAGGAGUUGGAAUCUGUUCGUAUAAUGUUAGAUGCAAAUGAGAAAAAAUGUGAUUGUGGUGUAUUGAGCGACGCUCAGAAAGCUAUAGCGGCGCAGGAUCAACUACUACGCAGCAAUGAUUGCCCUGAAUUUCCAGCACCUGUCGAUUGUGCGGAGAUGAAACAACGUAAUCCAAAAGCAAUCAGCGGACCAUAUUACAUCAAACCCAGAGGUUACCACAGAAAAUUCCGAGUUUAUUGCGAUAUGUUUACAGAUGGAGGAGGGUGGACUGUCUUUCAACGCCGUAUGGAUGGUUCAGUCGUCUUCAACAGAACUUGGAAUUACUACAAAGAAGGUUUUGGGAGUGUGAUGGGCGAGCACUGGCUGGGAAACGACUACCUAUAUUACCUGACGAGACAGACUGAUUACACGCUGCGUAUUGAUAUGGAGGACUGGCACGAUGUUAAGACCUACGCAAAGUACUCAGAAUUUUACAUCAAAGGAGAAAGCGACAACUAUCGGGUAAAUUAUGGCAUCUAUCUCAGUGGAACGGCAACAGACCGAUUUGCGUAUCAUAAAAAACAGCAAUUUACAACUUUUGACCGAGACAACGACCGCUAUUCCUAUGGAAACUGUGCAGCAAGGCACAGUGGUGGAUGGUGGUUUAAUUCAUGCGAUGAAUGCAACCUUAACGGUAAAUACUAUCAUUCCAAUACGUAUACCGGUUCCUUUGACAAUGGUAUCGAAUGGGAAAACGGAAGCACUGAUUUUACUCCCGGUCGUAUUUUCUAUUCGCUGAAAGUUGCAGAAAUGAAAGUGCGACCGACCUUCUACUAAAAUGUACUGCAUCUAUUUCAAAAAAUAAAAAGAAAAACUGUUUAUGAAUCAAAUAUUGUUGAAUAUUCAAUUAUGGAAACAUGAAUAUUAAUUUUAUGCACGGGACUCGAUAUAAAUGUAUGGUAGAUUUUACAAUACAAUUUUAUUUUUUAUAUUUUUCAAUUUAUAAAAGUAUUAACUCGACCUAUUAAUUGUUAAAGCAUAGUUUUUAAUUAAAAGAAUAUUAUUUUCAUUAA